GGAGCAAUAAAAGGAGGGUGUGGCUUUUUACACAAGGAGAGCAGAUAAGCUAAGUUUGCUUUGUAGACAGGGGCACUAGUUGCAGUCCUGAACAGGCAUUUUACCUUCAGUCUGUAGCACUGCGCGUUUCCACUUGUCUUCUCUCGGUCUUUUUUUCGGGAGUUUUUAAACACGACUGCUUGGUAGCAGCUUCCACCACAGAAGAAGUAAAACACAAGAAGACAGCUCCAGGAAAAACUUCAGCAGGCAGCCAUGAAGGACAAAGUGAGGAGAGGAGGAGGAAGAAAUCAAGCCAAGGCUGCAGAUGCAAACAGCGUGACCGUUGGAAACAAUGCUGUCAGUAUUCGCCUAGAUGACGUCACAUCGUUUUCUGUGAAGAUCCAGGGAGCAGGAGUAGAGCCCUUUGAGCUGCAGGUCCAUGGCUUUUGGCUUGUUCAAGAUGCAGUAAUGACUCUGCUUUCGAGGAAUGAGGUGUGCCCACGCUCCAACCUCUCACUCACACUAGCCGGGGCAACUCUGGAUCCCCUUGCUCAACUUCAAAACGUCAAGGGUCUUAAAGCAGGUGCCAUCCUUCGCCUUGUGGAAGAGCCUUACACUUUCCGCUCAGCCAGAGUGCAUCUGGCUCGUGUGCUUGAGCUGCUGAGAGCAUUUGGCCCUCAGGAUGCACUGAGAGAAGGACGCUCACCUAGCGUACUGGAGGCACUCACACAUACACAAAUACCAGAAUCUAGCGUGCACAAUGGAAAGAGCCUUAAGCGCUCUCUAAGCCACACAAAAACUGACUCAACCAGCCAGGAUGGAGCUCCGCCUGAGUAUCUCCUCCCUGGUUCCUCAGAAAGACCGCUCAUGGCCCUCCUUCCACAUAGCUCCCAACCAGAGGCCCCCAGUUACCUAAAAGACCUGUCUCUUAGCUGCUGGAACCCUCCUCCAGGACACAGGAAGUUGCAGGGGGACUUCCUGUACAUCACUGCGGUUACAAUGGAGGGGCGACGCUGUGACAUCACAUCCUGCCCAAAAGGUUUCUUCCUAAAUAGGUCCACAGAGGAUGUUUUUGAUCCUCGUCCUGCACAGUCCUCUCCAGUUUGUCACUGUUUAACCGACUUGCUUUGUCACAUUAGUCCUGCCUUCAAACAAACUUUUACCACACUCAAAAACAGGCCUCUGCAACCACCAGUAGAGGUGAUGCCUACACCCUAUCACACGCUGAGUUGGCUCGGUCCUCCAUGCUCUACACGCACUCACAAAAACACCUUCAGCAGACUGGGAGUAGAUGAUCAGGCAGCAACACAGCCUCCAGACUGGAAUGAGGAGCUACAAGCAGCCAGAGAUCUUCCUCAAGGAAGUCUGGAGGAGAGGCUGCAGAGAGACAAAGCAGUACUUCAGGUCAACAGUGCAUUUGUGAGUGCUGUUAUGCAAGGGGCCGAGACUGUGGUAGACGGUUUUGUUGAGCCAGUUAAUGGAAACCCAGAGGAUCCAGCUUUCCUGUGGGGUGGCCUUUUCAUGAGCCAGGGGGCAGCAAGUGCAGUGUUUGGUGGUGAAAGGGGUCGCAGGGCUGCUCAGAGGCUGGAGCUUAAAGGUGUGCAGGCUUACAGUGACUUGGAGGGUCUGCAGGGGUUGCAGGGGUUGCACACUAUACCCACAGCCAUUGUUGACUACAGAGGGGUUCGCCUGUCUGCCCAGGGUCUGGCCCCUGGCUUGGAGGGCUCGGAGCAGGACCAGGGAACUGCUCCUGCUUCAAGAGGUUUGCUGUAUGGUGUAAAUGCAGGACCGCAAGAGUCUCCCCAUCGCAGACGACUACUAGAACUGUUAGCUCAUGCAGCUAAGUCCCUUUCGCUGCAGAGACAUGUUGUCCUGGCACCCAAAGGUCACCAGGUGCCACUCUUCACCUCGGUGGAUGCACAGGGGCUGCUGGGAGCUGAUGGGAGGUUCUACUUAUUAGAUGUUUUCAGAAGUUUCCCAGCUGAUGCCAACUUCUGUCCAGAGGCACAGAUGGAAAGCUGCACAGUGACUGGAGAAGAGGAGAGUAAUAAAAGCUGUAAUGAGGAUGAGAAUAAGAAUGACUGUAUAAAAGAAGGUUGGCCAGAGGAUUAUCAUGCAAAUACUGACCUUCCAAGGAGUUUUCCUCAUGGCCUCUGCAGACUGAGGCCAGAGCUGAUGCAAGCUUUCAGUCAACACAAACAUUACGAGUUCACUCAGCGUGUCAGGGAGCUGUUGGAUGAAAAUGGAGGAUUUGAAGAAUGUGCCACAUCUGGUGACUCUCGAGCCACUGCUGCCGUCCGAGCUGCGUGUAAAGACGUGGGCUCAGUUAGUGACAUCCUCUUUGAGAUGCGCUUUAACCCAAAUGUAUUUUCUCCAGGGGUAGCAUUUCCUCCGGGGGAAAGCGCAUCAACAAAGCUGCAGGAACGGUUACUGAGGGAAGCGGCAGCUUUCAUCAUCACACACCAGAUACCAGCUUUUUUGGAGGGUUGUUUACACAGCAGUGAGGCACCAAUGGACGGAGUUACUCUGAAAAAUGCUCUACAUCAGAGAGGCAUCAACCUCCGGUACCUGGGCCAUGUGCUCAAGGCUAUUGCCCAGUCAGAACACAAGGAGCACCUGAGGCAUAUAAUGAGAACGGUCGUAGCUGAAAUUUUUAUUCGUUCAACAAGAAGGGUGUUCAACAGUUUCCUCCAGGGCGUGGAUGUGCCGAGUCUCUCCGCAGCCGUCAGUCACUUCCUUAGCUGCCUAUUUGUUCCCCACUUCUCGCCCACCUCUGUAGGAGAGGAUACUAAGAAGAAGUCAAGACGGCGUGGCCGAGGGGCCGGGGCCUCUGAAAGCUCACCCUGGAGCACACUCACGGGAGCCGAGCUGUGGAACCUGGUCUGCCAGGAUGCUGCUGAAACAUACGUCUCUGACAGCCUGGGCUCCAGUCCAAACUACCUGGUGGAGCACUACGGCCUGCAGAAGCUCUCCUUGCUCAGAGAGUUCUGUUUAAAGACUGGUGUACAGUUGAGACUGAGAGACUACUCCUUUGACAACCAAAACAAAGCUCCUAUUGGUCCAGAGGACAUCAUCAACAUGAUCCCUGUUGUCAAGCACGUUCACAUGCCAACUGUGGAUGCCUCUAAAGUAUAUCAAGCUGGACAGAUCUCCAUUCAGAAGGGUCUGCUGGAUCAGGCCCAUGAGCAGUUAAAAGAUGCGGUUUACCUGUAUGGUAGAGCGUGUGACGAUCUGCACCCUGAGGCUGGUUAUUGCCACACCUUGCUGGCCAAGGUGGCUUUCCUCCAGGGGAAAACGGCUGAGGCCCGCAGUGUCCAGCUGAAGGCAGUUGUCAUCAGUGAGAGGGUGCUCGGCUUUGAUCAUCCAAACACGAUUCAGCAAUAUGCCCUCUUGGGUGUGUAUGUGUAUGCUGGAGGGGAGACUGCCCUGGCACAGAAGUGUUUCCUCAGAGCUCGUUUGUUAAUGCUUACAGUGCACGGAGAAGACCAUCCAUACACAGCAACACUGGAUAACUGCCUUGGGCUGGUGCUAGCAGAAGAUCAGACAGGCCAGUUCCUAAAGAAUGCUCUAAGACUCAACACUUCCUUCUUUGGCCCCACAUGUAUACAGACUGCUCUCAAUCAGCACUUGUUGGCCCAGUGGAUGUGCAGUAAGGGUGACUACAGAAAUGCUAUGACACAUGAGAAAGAGGCCUUGACUGCCUUUACCUCUCUGUUUGGAGAGGAUCACCCACAAACACGCUGCAGCAAAGACUUCCUGUCCACCAUAACCAAGCAAGCAGUGAAGGUUGAACGCACUCUCAGACAGGCAGGAGCUGAGUGCACAGAGGCAACUGUGGAGUGUCUCAGUCCAACAUCCGACAUUAUUCUGGAGCAGAUGGUUCUUGUUACGGGGAUCAGGAACAUUACACAGAGCAAUAGGUUCCAGGAGUAUAAGCAGAAGCAUCUGGAGCUAAAGGCUGCAGUGGUGAAAGAGCUGGGACUUAAACUACCUAAUGUCGGCUCAGUGGCUGUGAAUGGAGGAGGGAAACGUUCAGAUCGAGAAACGGGAUGUGGGAAGGAACCAGAGGGUGGGGGAAACCCAGCAGCAGAGGAUACAAGCAAGUGCCAGCAGGACCAACAAGUAGAAGGAUCUCUGGAGAGCACUGGGAAGGUUUCAGCUAAUGGUCAUGUGAUUGAGCAAAACCAGCAAAAGGAGAAAACCAGUGCAGAAGGUGACAAAGCGGUCUCUGAUAAGGUCAACACAGUAAAUGAUGAGAUGGAGUCAAGCUCAGGCGAAAUAAAUGGAAAGAUGGACGUCUCUGCAAGCCCAUCGGCCCUGAGAAGUGGCGUGAGCUGGGCAGAUGUUGUUUCAAAGUCCAGAGGCAAAGCUACAGCCGUAAAUGGAGAAGAAGAUGGCAGCACUGCCGAUGGAACAGCUGAAGAAUGAUCACGAAGCAAACAAAGAGUUGUAAUCGAGUUUUCCAAAGUCACUGCUGUAAGAUUAAAAGCUCUUCCAGUAUUUCCUGAUGAAAUUUGAUCCAAUGAACAAGAAGGACAGAAUGAGUAUUACUUUAUGCUGAAGAUUUUACCCUAGUACUGACUCUAAGAGGGUUUAACCUUUUUGUUUUGUUUUUUUCAAUAAUAAACUUUUUACCUUGUGUAUUAAAAAGUGUGCCUUCAGGUUUUUGUUUUUUUUUGUUUUUGGUUUUUUUUGUUUUGUUUUUUUUAAAUGCACUUACAUGACAUGACUUUAUAUCAUGUUAAUGUGAAUUUUAAAGGUAUCAACUCUAUUCAUCUGUAAAUCAGGAUGCAUGUGUCCUAAUAAACCGACCAAAUUUGAAGUUCUAUUUGUACACAGGUGAGCUGAAGCACUGGAAGGUAGAAGACUGUAAAAUAAAAAGGGUUAGCUUUUAUAAAAUCUUGCUAUUCUAUAUAAAGUUGAAUCUGACUGGUUCAAACAUAAGAAAUACAACUUAUUGUCUUUAUAUACUUCAAUUACCAAUGUAACAGUUCAACCCUAUGAGAAUUUCCAUUCAUGUGAAUAUGAAUAAAAAUCUGUGGAGUUGAUAAAGUUACAUUUUUGUAACACGCUAA